AUGCCGCCCAUUCCCAACCCUGUCACAGCCCAAGAGCUGGAGAUUCUCUCCACCAAGGCCAUUGCGGCCAAAGAGCUCGCCUACUGCGAAUACUCCAAAUUCCGCGUCGGAGCUUGCAUCCUUACGACCUCGGGGGAAUUCAUCGUCGGCGCCAACGUUGAGAACGUCUCGUACCCCGUCGGGACGUGCGCAGAGCGUGUUGCCUUCGGCACAGCCAUUGUCGCGGGCCACCGCGACUUCAAGGCCAUUGCGGUCGCUACAGAUAUCAAACCUGGAGCGUCGCCCUGUGGAAUGUGCAGACAAUUGUACGUUGCUCUCUCCAUCUCACCUCCCUCCCUCUGUGUUUAUUGGACCUCAUCUCAUCCUGUCAGUAUGCGCGAAUUCACCACGCCUUCGUUCCCCGUGUACAUGUAUGACGGCGACGGCAAACACACCGUAAUGACGAUGGGCGAGCUUCUGCCGAGUUCAUUCGGACCCAACGAUUUGCCCCGGUGA